AGAUGUCAGCACUGAUUGCGUCGAAGUGCUAAAACUGUGCUAUACUGCUCAGAUUCCGAAAAGAGACGACGACGACGAUUUCUACGCGAGAUUCGCAUGCUGUUCGCCUCCUCUGCCAACUCUGCGUCUCCACAACUCAUCGGCAUCAAAUACUGUAAUGAGCUGAACAUUAUUUCUAUAUGCGUUUGACUGUGCUCGCUUUACUGCCCAUGAUCGCAAUGCUUAUUCACUGUUCACCGCUAAACGACGUGCCAUCUGGAAGCAGCAGCAGCGAUUCUGCUCUUUCGGGCUACGAGCGAGUUCGGCUCCGAGCCCAUCGCCGACGGCAUCGCCACAAAACGUCUCUGAAUCUCGAAGCGGAGGAAAUGUUCGGCGAUCAUUUACACAGAAGUCAACAUAGAACCAGGAAGAACAAGCAUGCGCUAAGUAGUAAACGAGAGCGAAACGAGGACCUGUGCGCGAUGGAACGAAGGACCAUUGAUCUCAAUACGAUGGGCGACGAAUUUGAUCCACCGUUUCUGGUGGAAAUACGAUGUCAAAACACAGCCGACUAUGAAAAAGGCCAUACCGACACUCUUCUUGAGCAGACAUGCGUACAUAAUCUAUUACGAUGUGUGCAGCGCUAUGGAGAGGUGCAUGUAUCAAAGCGUCCUGCUGGAAGCGUUCAUUGGAGCCCGCACACCCUGCGGAACGUACCUAUUGGCUGUGACUGCAUGUGGCCCGUGGAUCGCUCGGUUCUCACAACAAUCGAGCGUUGCAAGGACCUCCAGCUGUGGCUUAUCAAGGAAAAAAGCGAUUACUUGCUGCGAGGACUAGAAGUUAUUGGCCGUCAAAAAGAGAUUUGUGAUCGCACGGGAAUAGUAGAAGUUGAUAGACGUUUCGAAGAAGCUCUCAAACGUAAUGAAGAAGUAGAAGUUGGUGGCCGCGCUGGCAUCUGUGAUCGCGCUGUAAAAGUGGAAUUUGAAAAGCGUCGUGGAGAAGUCAGUACUUGA